CGUCAUCGCCUGAACUACUUCCUACUUCCGCAAACACCGCUCUGCAGUUCCCGUUUAUUCGCAUUUAUCGGUUCUGCUUCCGCGCUCCGUUUCCGCCUGUUUUUCUAAUCGAUACUAUUAAUGAGUGUCUGAUCGGCGUCAUGACGGCCAACAGCCACUGUUCCUCCGUGGAGCCGCCGGGCCUGGACACCCAGCGGAGGGAGGUCGAGUGUCUGCUGCGGCGCUGUGAGCUCCGCGCGGGCGACAGUUGGUAUGUGUUGGAGCGACGCUGGUUCGAACAGUGGAAGGAGUUUGUGGAAUCUGGAGACCAGAACUCCUCAUCUUUUCCAGGACAGAUUGACAACACAGAGUUGUUCGAAGAUCUGGACUCAUACCACCUGAAGGAGCGUCUGGUGGAGAACGAGGACUUUGUACUGGUUCCAGCCGAGGCCUGGCACAAACUCCUGUCCUGGUACGGGAUGGUGGACGGACAGCCGCCACUGGAGAGGAAGGUGGUGGACCUUCCCAGUACUCUGAAGGUGGAGGUUUAUCCAGUCCAGGUGUUCCUGUGUCUCCAUAGUAACAUGGAUAAUGUGGUCACUGCACAGUUCAGCCGCACUGACAGCAUCCAGCGGGUCCAGAAGACGGUCUGCCGCUCCUUCUCGGUUCCUCCGGGUUCCGAGUGUCGUCUGUGGAUGAAAAGCUCCGACAGUAGCUGUGAACGUCUCAGAAACGUCCACCUGAGUGUGUUGGAUGCAUGUUUGAGCUCAGGGAUGACGGUGAUCAUGGAGACCAGGAACGCAGAUGGAACGUGGCCCAGCUCCAGACCUCAGAUCAUGAGGACCUCAGUGGAGGAUCAGGACUCGUACCAGGGUCAACCAGGGGUCUGUGGACUCACCAACCUGGGGAACACCUGCUUCAUGAACUCGGCCCUGCAGUGUCUCAGUAACGUUCCUCCUCUGACCGAGUACUUCCUGAGGAACUUGUACCUGGACGAGCUGAACUUCACCAACCCCCUGGGGAUGAAGGGGGAGAUCGCAGAGGCCUACGCCGACGUCAUCAAACAGAUGUGGUCGGGCAGACAUUACUCUGUGGUUCCACGAGUCUUCAAGACGAAGGUGGGACACUUUGCGUCCCAGUUCCUUGGGUACCAACAACAUGACAGUCAGGAGCUGCUGUCCUUCCUUCUGGACGGACUCCACGAAGACCUGAACCGGGUCAAGAACAAAGAGUACAUCGAGCUGCGAGACGCCGAUGGACGGCCGGACCAGGAAGUGGCCGAGGAGGCGUGGCGUAACCACCGGCGGAGGAACGAUUCGGUGAUCGUCGACACGUUCCACGGCCUCUUCAAGUCCACUCUGGUCUGCCCCGAGUGCCACAAAGUCUCAGUGACCUUUGACCCCUUCUGCUACCUCAGCGUCCCACUUCCUGUCAGCAAGGAGCGCGUCAUGGAGGUGUUCUUCGUGUCCCUGGACCCGUACGCCAAACCCGUCCAGCAUCGUGUGGUGGUCCCGAAAGCAGGAAAAGUGUCCGACCUGUGCAGUUGUCUGUCGGAAAUGACCAACGUACAUCCAACGCAGAUGGUCGUCGCCGACGUCUUCAACCAUCGGUUCUAUAAAAUCUACAGCGCUGACGAGUCUCUGAGCUGCAUCCUGGACCGAGAUGACAUCUUUGUGUACGAGCUGCGGGACCCGGAGGACGAGCAGGAGGACCAGGUGCUGCUGGCGCUCUACCUCCGGGAGCGGUCCCACUACAGGGACUACGGGACAGGCAGCAGCUCCUACGGGACGUCCUUGUUUGGACACCCGCUGCUCCUCAGCGUCCCUCGCAGCAGCUGCAGCCGGGAGGCGCUGUACGACCUGUUCCUGCAGAGACUGGUGAGAUACGUCCGAUGUCCCGACCCCACAGACGAGCUGGACGAGGAGGACGAGGACGACGAUGAAGACGAACUGUACAAAACGCAGACCAACGGCAUCAGUGACGAUGAUGAUCAGGACAGCGUGGACAGACCUGGCCCCUCCCAGUCGGAGCCCUGCUGCAGCACAAACAGCCAAUCAGAUGUCCCUGCUGAGCCCCUCCCCCACCUGAACAACAUGCAGACACCAGUAGGACCGUGACCCGCCACAGGUACCAGCAUUGGCACCAGAAGCAGGCGGAGGAGGUGGAGGCGUUCUUGCCGCUCUGAUGGCCCGUGUUCCAGAGACUCUAGUUGGGCCCACCGCCCCAGAACCGGCCUCAGAACCAGCCCCAGAACCGGCCCCAGAACUGGCCUCAGAACCAGCCCUAGAAUCGGUCCAAAAUGCUACACAAGAACAGAAGAGGACAAGCAGGAGGAAGCGAGUUCUCCCAGCCCGACCGCCAAUGAGCAGCCAAUGAAGAAGAGGGCGUGUCCUAAGAGGAGGAGGAGCCCUGUCAGCAUCCAGGCGGUGAACUCCAAUGGGACAACGGAAAGAGGGAAGGGGGAGGGGGACAGCGAUGUGUCCUUCGCUGUGACCUACGUUGCAAUCGACUGGGACCCUGACAUGAAGAAGAGGUUCUACAAUGCGAACGAGGCAGAGAAGUAUGUGAAACACUCUAUGGAGGGUCCUCAGCAGCAGACCACGGUCCAGCUCCAGGAGUGUAUAGAACUGUUCACCACCGUGGAGACGCUGGAGGAGGAGAACCCAUGGUACUGUCCAGUGUGUAAGACACACCAGCUGGCCACCAGAAAGCUGGACCUGUGGGCUCGGCCGGAGGUCCUGAUCAUCCAUCUGAAGAGGUUCUCCUACACCAAGUUCACCAGAGAGAAACUGGACAGCAUCGUGGACUUCCCCCUCAGAGACCUGGACUUCUCCGACUGCCUUCUGAGGAAACACCCGGCCAAUGGGGAGCCUCCGAGCCGUUAUGACCUCAUCGCUGUGUCCAAUCAUUACGGAGGACUGAGAGACGGACACUACACCAGCUAUGCCCGGAACAAGGACAACGGUCAGUGGUACUAUUUGGACGACAGUAAAGUGACCUAUGCCAAAGAGGAGCAGAUAGUGACAAACGCUGCCUACGUCUUGUUCUACCAUCGACAAGACAAGAUCAGAAAACCCACUCUGCCCGCCCCCAGCACAAACCCCGCCCCUUCGUCUGACAGCCAACCUCACAAUGCCAAUUCCUGCAAAAAUGAUGAGGCGGGGCCGGGCUCCGCCUCCUGUGUCACCAUGGAAACAGAGUGAACGAAGCUGCUGUGUCAGUUUGUUCCACUGGACAGUAAAUGACUUGAAAUAGAUAUUCCCAGUGACACUUGAACACCUCUGGGCUGUGGGCGUGGUCUGUGGGCGUGGACCAAACGUCAGUGAUUCUCAGGUGAAGGUGAGAGAAGAUUCACCGUCGACACUUUGUUUCCUGUGGUUUUAGUUGAAUUCAGUUCCUGCAUCAGUGAAAGUGAUGAGGAUCGACCUUUGACCUUCAUCAUCUGCAUCUGUUUAAUUCGAACAGACGGAACAUUUACGGAGUUUGAUCCUUAAUCAGUGAAUUCAUUAAAUGUUUCCGAUCAUUUACUGCCACAUCAAACAGCUUUGAAUUCAGGUCAAACGUCAGAAUCUGCUCAUUAUUUUCGGUUUGUUGUAAAAAUAUUUCAGUUUCCAGUUAAAGUUAAAGCAGUAAUAUUUCAUUUAGUUUCAUAAAUUAAUGGAUCAAAACAUGUUUGAAAUCAGAUGAAUGUAUGUGCUGUUUUUCUUUCAAACCUCAUUUAAAGUCUGUACGUUUGGGUUGGUUUCUGUGGUGUCAUAUUUAUUUUCACAUUCAUAUGAGGAGCUGCAGUCGUUUGGCUUCAGACUAGGACUCAGAGUGAGACCUCUGGUCCAAGGACCGGCUCUGAGGUCCACCUCUGUGUACAGUAUUUUUCUAUUGAAACAAAUGGCUUCUUCUUCAGAUUCUUCUUCCUGCUGAAGGACAAACGCUGGACUGGUUUCUUUCUUUGUCUUCCUGUUAAAUAUCAGAUGGAAAUAUUUUAUUGUACUUUGAAUCUUUUGAUAUAAAUAAAAGAUGAUUAUUAUCAGAUAUAAA